CCAUGAUCACCCGCCAACUGUGAUGUUACCUGACUUGUGACUGUGCGCGCUGCGCGUGCAGCCGUGGAGGGCUUCCCCCCACUCCCCGGACCCCCACCCCUCUUCCCGUGAAAUAUUUAUGAGAAAACGGAGGGAAUGAUCGCGGUCACGUUUUUUGGCUGACAGCCGGCUGUCCUGGAGCAAAGCGCAGCGCACUGACACCUGCAGUGACACGUAAAGGGAGAUCCUACUCAGCAAUCUGACCCACCAACACAUCUGGCAAGCAUCCUCACUGCUGUCUUAUUUGAGCCUGGAGUAAAGGAGGGACAAGGCAUGGUCUGGUGGACCAGUUGCUGUUGCUAUGUGUGAAGGAGUGCUGUGGUGUCAAUGGAGACCGAAGGUUAUCGGGACCUCAUGGAGACCAAUGAUGGUCAAGGGGUAGGCCUGCAGGAUGGACAGGGUGGGGUGAACAUGGUGGAGGACUGGAGCACCCCCUACCCUUUGGGCUUCCAGGUGUCUUUGACCACUAUCCUAAUACUGGAGCUGGUGUUGGGCUUCAGCAGCAACCUUACUGUACUUGUACUCUACUGUGCUCAGUCUAAUCUGGUGGAUUCAGUCAGCAACUUGGUCACUGUCAACCUUCAUGUGCUGGACAUACUGGUCUGUGUGUUGUGCCUGCCUCUGACUGUGGCUGUGCUGCUGCUGCCGGCUAAUGGGAGUGAAGUUAGCAGCCUGGCCACACUCUGCUGCUUCCACGAAGCGUGUGUCACAUUCACCAGUGUGGCUACAGCUGUCAACGUCCUGGUAAUCAGUUUGGACCGAUAUGACAUAUCAGUGCGUCCUGCCAGUCGUCUCUUGACCCCGAGACGAGCAACACUGCUCCUGGCAGCUGUGUGGGCAGUGUCUCUGGCUGUCUUCUUCCUGCCAUUUCUAGAAGGAGACUUCUUUUCUUCAAGACCUGGGUUCAAUGAGGUUGAAGAACAUGAAGGCCAGGCCCAUAACUCUGACCUCACGACUGGAUUGACCAGCAUUUUGCCAUCAUUCUCUCCUUCCUCUUUGCCAUGGUCUCCUACAUCCUCCCCUUCACACGACCUACCUCCUGCUUGGCAGAACCGGACACUGCUCUGCAUUGGAGGUCAGGGGUACUACACAGGCCUGGCUAUGUAUUACCACCUGUUGCUCCAAGUGCCCUGCUUCUUCAUUGCUGUGGUCGUCAUGUUGUUUACCUACUCCAGAAUCCUGCAGGCCCUCAACAUCCGCAUUGGCUCCCAUAUGAUGAGGGGUUCACGCAGUAAAGACUCCAGCUGUAAGAUACGCUGCAGGAGGCAGAGGAGGAAGGACCUCAGCCUGCCAACACAGGGAGCCUUCUCUAAUCAGAACCAGCACCUCACACAUCCAACUCUCAUCCCCUCUCCCAGUCCAACACCAACAUCACCACCUCCACUUUCAUGCCUGCCCCAGGCAAUGUCCGACAGUGGAGCAACUGUCACCACCAUCAGCACUGCUGCCACAACCCCUGUCGCAACUACACCAGCUACCCCAAAUUCUCCCAUCCCAGCUUUAGCCUCAGCUCAACCUAACGCCAGCUCAGCAAUGCAUGCAUCCUCCAUGGGAGUUCAGGCUUCUGUAUCUGCAAUUAUCGCCUUGAGGAGAGCAGUGCGUCGGCAUCGGGACCGCCGAGAGAGACAGCGCAGAGUCCUGAAAAUGUCCCUGAUCAUCAUCUCCACUUUCCUGGGCUGCUGGGCCCCACUGUCUGCUGUCAACAUUCUGAUCCUAUGUCUGGGUCCCAGCGAUGGCCUGGUGCAACUCCGCCUCUGCUUCUUAGCAAUGGCCUAUGGAACGACCAUCUUCCAUCCUCUGUUAUAUGCUUUCACCAGACAGAAGCUUCGCCGUGCCCUCAAAACAAGAGUCAAGAAGAGGGUGGUGUCCCUCCUGCAGGUGGAUCCAGCUCCCAGCGGAGGGACAGUUAUCCAUAAUUCAUGGAUUGAAGGGGGAGGUCAGAGGAAGGGUCGAAAACCACGAGUGGAGGCCAGUGAUGGCACAGAUCGAUGCCUCACAGAAGCUGUAAGGAAAUAAAGAUGCUCCUUCAUGUGUGUAUGUGAAUUUGAAGACUUGUAUGUAUGAAUGAUACCAAGAGGUAGAUUAUGCACAUAUUUGUGUAUCAGUAUGAUAAAAAAGCAAAGCAGACACUUUACAAAGGUCACGACCUUGGAUCUAAUUCAAACUUUUUAACUGCUCCUUUCACAGAUUGCACAAACGAAAUGGCAAAUUGGUUACUCAUGUUCCUCAUGUGCACUCUGAGGGUUAGAAAUAGGAAAGACAUACAUGGUUGCUCCUAUUACACUUUUAAUUUUCAUGUGCAUGUACAUAUGCACAGAAAAUUCUAAAACACACAUUCAGAAUUUUUGCCAUCAUCUGCCAAAGCACAACAAAAUCUUAAUGCACAGAUACUCUCAGUGACAAAACUAUAAAUGGAAACUGAUAUUUAUUCCUCUUUGACUUCAUAUUUCAUGCCUUGUUUGAGUUAUUAAAUGAUUCUCGUGGUGCUGAAUGUCCUGCUGUAUGUUUACAACAACGUAUGGGAAUGAAAGUAUUUGCACAUGCUGCAAACUAAAGAGCAAAUUAGUAAAAGCUGUCAAAGUCAAAGUUUACAGGCUCAAGUCAAAAUUAUCAGGAAAUUGCAGCAACAACAAACAAAGUUCAGAUUUCAUUUAAAAUAAGCACCACUUUUGAAAAGAAUGUGUGCAAGUUAUUGCCAAGAGGCUUCUUUUUUUUUUUUUUGUUUGCUGAACUCCAAAAGAACUACAUGUUCAGCGAUUGUUUGUGUGUCAGCGUGUGUGUGUGUGUGUGUGUGUGUGUCUCAAUGGGUGCAUGCUUGUGUGCAAACUGUGUGACUGCUUGAGAGAACUAAUGAGUGUGUCUCUUUAAAGGUAUGUGCAAUAAAUGAUGUGCAAAGCGAUGACCCCAUAGGAUGUGAACAAAGAGAAUGUGAACACAGGACUGUGGCUCUUCUAUUUGUGGUUUGGAUUUCAGAAGAAAGCGAGAGUAAGUGGGCUUAAUCUUCUGAUUAGCCACAGCAAAGCUGCCUGCUGGGCAUAAAAGCAAAUUAUGUGGAGCAGUUGUAACUAUGUAUAUUUGACAGGCACUGUAAUACUACUGAAAUGACAUCACUUGUGUUUUAAAGCAGGUUAAAGGGCAAUAUUUUGUGAAAACUCCAUCAAAACUGUCACUACAGGUAAAGUAGCAUAUUCAACCGAAGAAACCCCCACGUGGAACUGUUGAUAUGAUACAUGUCCCCAUGUUAGCUGUUUGAUGGACAGUUGUUGGAGAAUAUUCCGAAUGACUGCAGAGACAAAUAGCUUCUGGACUCAGUCCUGGACAUGUCCCACUGUCUGUCUCUCUCUUCUUGCUCAGGGCUUCAUGUCUCCUUUCAGAAUGUGCUGGACAUAAUUUGACAAACUAGGCUGAUGUCAGCUAUUAUGUAGUGGGUGUUACAGGGCAACCAGAAAGUAUUCACAGCACUGCACUUUUUCCACAUUUUUAUGUUGCAGCCUUAU